AUGGUGACUGUUUCGAGUCCGCCACCUCAGUUAUCUUCUUCGUCACUGGAACUGUCGACAGAAGAGGGUUUAGGACGAAGAAUGGAUGAUCUUCUAGGAAAAUUGAAAGAGAACAUGAUGGAACUGAUUCUACAGGGCGAUGACGUAACUCGCCAGAUGUGGCACAUGUACUCGGUAUUUGAGGAAAUCUUCGGUAGCCAGACGAUGACUACUUCUACCAAUCAGCCUCUCAAGCAAGUGGUCGUGGGAGAUCGUCUGAAAGGAUCGCCUACAAGUCAAAAAGGGAAACCACCGAAUGACAAACAGCUUUCAGAAACUCGGACUAGUCCUAUUGCAAAUUCCUCCUCUUCUCCAGUUUCGCCAACGAGUACUGCCACGGACAUCACACCUGCACCUGUUACAACUACUGGUAACUCAACAAUCCCCGGUUCCUCAAAGCGAGAAGCAAGCAAGUCCCCGGAUUCCACGUCUGAACAUCAUUCUCCAGAAAACAAACCCUCGUCUUCCAUCGCUCAACCUCAUCAAACCUCAUCCCAACUGAAACAUCAGAGCUCAAAUGAUGAAAAGUCUAGUCCUUCAACCUCGUACACACCGCCUCAGUCAACGAAGAAUCUUCUUUCAUCCGACGAUGCUCCUCAGUCGCGAGUUCUGAUGUCCUCUGCACCCGCACAGAACCCUCUGCUGGACACCAUUGGUGCCCUGGCCAACGCCAACCAGGACUCCGACGAUUCGGACCUGGACAUUGUGUACCAGCAAUUGAGGUACCGUGGUCGCCAUCGGAAACCGGAACAAGUUAGAAUCCGAACGCAUAGGCAACACCAAUAUAGACAUUCCCAGAUAGCCAGCAGUGACCCCGAGUCCAUUGGCUACGCGGGCUCCAACUCUGUCGACAGCGGCUACAAGAGUCUCUGUGCCACUCCGGAGGUCUCGGAUAGCCUGAGUGCUCCGGAAGUUCGUCGCAGCGCCUCUGACGUCAGCGCUUCGGACUCUUCGACCACUUCCGGCCGCCCCCGCAGCCUAGACGGCGGUGGGAAGGCCAAGAUCAAGAUGGGCACGAGGUCCGUGGCGGGAAAGAUGCGGGCCGCAGACCGAUCGCCGCGGCACGCGAGCGCCAUGAAUGACGUCACCCUGGAUCACCUUAUGUACUUGCGACAGUCCUUGAGGAAAGAUCGGAAAGACACCCAAAGGUCUCCCGAGUCCAUCCCUUCCUCAGCGACGUCCAGCACCUUCCGGGACAGCGACCUCUCGCCCCGCACCGUGACAGACGACGAGUGGCGGGAUCCCGGCCGGGGCUACAACACCUUCCGCAGCCCCCCUCCCGACGCGCCCUUCACCCCCCACGACGGCCGCAGCUCGAGGGGCAGUUCGAGGGGCGGCGAAGACAUCGACCAGGAGGGCGGCGGGGAGAGCUCGUCCGACUUCCUGCUCAGCAGGGUGGAGUACUACGACCUGGAGAGCAUUCAGGAGUUCCCUCCGAGCAACAACUAUGUCACUAUGCUGGAAGAGAAGACUCGCUGCGCCAGGUUUCAGAUUGUUCCCGCUCCAAAAUCGGUGGAUCUUCCCACUGAAAGACACAUCAGUUCCUUGUACAGAAAAAGUGAAUCUUCCCAGUCCGUUGACGGUGGACUCGCCAGAAAUCAUCAGCAGUUCACUUAUGGUGCAACAGGUCACGCCCCCAUGCGGACAAUUCGCAAUUCCUCAAAGGUGUUAUCCCGACACCAUCGCCAACACCACGCCACAGACUCAAAACUGACCGAAGCAGCUAUUCGCGUGCUGGAGAUGAUAGAAGAUUUCCGCAUGGAGGAGGCCAUGUCUCGCUCUGGCAGACUUCACCAGUACCAGGCGGCCGGCGAUCACCAUUCUCAACUAAUCCCCAGUUCUUCAGGUGCUAUGAGCAACAACUACCCGUCCUCCUCUGUUCCUCACCAGAUGUAUCAUCCACGUUACAGGAAGUCAUCGAGUCUCAGGACGGGUGCCAGGCCAGCAUCUACAGGUUCGCUCAUUGAGCAAGAAAUCGAUGCACGCAGCAUGGCUUCGGCGUCGUCAUACGCAGCUUCUGCGGAACAUCAUGUGUAUGAAGAGAUCAUGUACGAUCUCGUUUGCGAAAGAGCAGCAGCAUCUUCUGACAGAGCGAUGCCCCCUCCCAUACCGCCAGAAAGAGGUAGGAUGGUACGCAGUCGCUUGCUACCUGUACCUCCUCACGUUUCCUCCCCUCAUCAUCAACCAGCUUAUUCAUCACCAUUGGCGGUCGAUCCUAGGAGGUUGAUGCUCAGAAGCCACAAGCAUAGGAGCAACAACAUGUAUUCAAUGUUGUCCAGUGCGCGGGACAGGGACAACGUUGACAGGUUUCUUGAAAUGGAGUGGCAUUUAGCACAAGAAAGAGAUAAACUUCCUCCAGAUUUUCCUAUUUAAAACCUGGUCGUCCUGCUUUCAAAUGUUUUCAUACUCAAUAAGCUGGUGCACGCUGGUCGUAUCUAGCUUAUUGCGAUUAGCAGUCAAACGAAUGGUGUAAGACUUUUGCAAUCUUUUCGUGGAAAAAAAGGUUUUUCUGACUAGUACCGUGAAAACUAUCGCUGUUAUGAAUUUGUGAAAUAAUCCCAAGCUAUUGGAUUUUCGACAGCGUAUAAAUGGUAUUGUUGUUAUGGUUGUUGAGACUCAUAUAUCCCGUUAUAUGUUAGAUUUUUUAAAAGCACUGUUGGUGUCAAACAUGAAAUGGAAUGCCUUA